CAAACGAGGAUUCAGUGUCCGAUCCUUUGGAACAGGGACUCAUGUGAAACUGCCAGGACCAGCACCGGACAAGCCGAAUGUUUAUGAUUUCAAAACAACAUAUGAUCAGAUGUACAAUGAUCUGCUUAGGAAAGACAAAGAACUAUACACACAGAAUGGGAUUUUACACAUGUUGGACAGAAAUAAGAGAAUCAAGCCACGACCAGAAAGAUUCCAGAACUGCAAAGAUGUUUUUGACUUGAUCCUAACGUGUGAAGAAAGAGUCUAUGAUCAAGUAGUAGAAGAUUUAAAUUCCAGAGAGCAGGAGACAUGUCAGCCAGUACAUGUGAUCAAUGUGGACAUUCAGGAUAACCAUGAGGAGGCAACCCUCGGUGCUUUCCUUAUCUGUGAGCUCUGCCAAUGUAUACAGCACACAGAAGACAUGGAAAAUGAAAUAGAUGAGCUGUUACAGGAAUUUGAAGAGAAAAGUGGAAGGACUUUUCUUCAUACUGUCUGCUUUUAUUAAAGCACAUCUGUCUCUUAGGCCUUAAUGCAGAUGAGGAAAGCAUGUGUUUAAAGUUCUGAUUAUACUGUAUUUUCCUGGAAAAUGAAUAUUGGGUUUUUUUGUUGUUGUUGUUUAAAAACUCCUUUUCAGUGUCUUUUUUGUUUUUUGUUUUCUUUCAGGUAUUCUGUCACAGGUAGGCAGAGAUACUGGUUGGGGUUGUACAUAUGAGAUGAUUAAAAGUAUACACAAAGGCCACCUAUUUAAAAAUGAAAAUCAAGAUUUUCUUUAAAUCCUACUUUAAUUAUUACAAGUAGGUUUUUAAUUAUAAAGAGACUGUUUCUUGAAUAUAAGUUUAUAAUGUAUUUUUCCAGCUUACAAAUUUAUUUUAUUUCAGUUGUGCUUUUUUUUUAUUUUAAUGUGACAGAAUGGCUGAACUAUGUGAGGAUAUGAAUGGAACAAUGAAAAAACGAGUAUCUGUAUAUUAUUAGAGAUAAAGUUGGAAGCAUCCAAUAAAA